AUGUCCAAUACUGACAAGAAGGCCUUUGGGAACCUCGCACCUUGGAGUGAGCCAGCUUGGUCUCACGGCAUACCAUCUCCAUACUAUAACGAAUCCCAUAGAAGGUAUCGCGAUGAGCUCCGUCGGUAUGUCGAUGAAAACAUCCUCCCUUAUGCUCUAGAUUGGGAAGAGGCAGGCGAAGCGCCUGAGGAAGCGAGGAUGAAGUGGGCAAAGUCUGGAUUCUCUUUUGCAGAUGUGCCGCUCGAAUAUCGACCCAAAGACAUUCCCUUUCCUGCUGGGAUAUCGACCACCGAGCUUGAUGCUUUCCAUACUUUGGUCUCCACAGACGAGACCUCUCGCGUGGAGGGUGGCGUGACAAGCUCACUGGGAGGCGGCAGUGUCAUUGGUAUCCCGCCUGUUAUUCAUCACGGCACGCCUGAGCAAAAGCGCAAAUGGUUACCAGGCUUAUUCUCAUGGGAGACCAGCUUCUGUCUAGGUAUCACUGAACCUAGCGGGGGCUCAGACGUAGCGAAUCUGCAGACCACAGCCGAGAAAACUCCAGAUGGCAAGUUCUACAUUGUGAACGGAUAUAAGAAAUGGAUCACUGGGGCUCCAUGGGCUACUCACAUGACUACUGCCGUUAGAACUGGAGGCCCAGGAAUGGGUGGGAUUUCUGUGCUCGUGAUUCCAACCAACUCGCCUGGUCUAUCGAUGCGAAGAAUACCCAACAGUGGCCAGAAAGCCGGUGGAGCGUCAAUGAUCGAACUCGACGAUGUCAAAGUACCCGUUGAGAAUCUCUUGGGCAAAGAGAACGAGGGCUUCAAGGUCAUCAUGGUGAACUUCAAUCGGGAACGCUAUAUCAUGGCCGUAGGUUGCAAUCGUAAGGCCAGGACAUGCCUAUCAGUUGCCUUUGACUACGCCAACAAACGAGAAACAUUCGGCAAGCCUCUGAUUGCCAAUCAAAUUAUUGCCCACAAGUUUUCUACAAUGGCCAGAUACAUCGAAAGCCACUGGGCUUGGCUGGAGCAGAUUGCCUACGCAGUUCAGAUGUCUCCGAUGGGUUUUCAAGACCCUGAUAUCGCGGGAAGAAUUGCUUUGGCAAAGGUACAUGGUGGCAGCAGAAUCCAAGAAAUGGCCAACAGGGAGGCGCAACAAGUGCUUGGCGGCGCCGGCUACCAGAAACAGGGCCCGGGUGCUGUUGUCGAGCAGAUGUCGCGUGAUUUGAGGAUGAUGGUUGUUGGAGGAGGCAGUGAAGAGAUCAUUUCAGAUCUGGCUGUGCGUCAAGAGACGAUGAGGGCAAGGAAACGAGGUUGGAAACUGUAA